AUGAAUUUCUUAGAUAAAAGAAAUAAAAUAGAGAUUCUUCAAGAGAGAGCUGCUAUUUAUAAUAAAGUCUAAGAUGAACUAUACGAUAAAGAGGUUCCUGAUUAUGAACAUACUAAACUAAUUAAACCAGUUUUAGAUUAACAUAUUGAAGAAUUUACAACAUAAUAACCACCAGCAAAUUUGAACAGUGUCACAAAAUCAUUACCAAAACCACCAGUUUCAGUUUUGACAACUUCAGCAUUAAUUUCAUUAGGACUUGACAAUUAUGGAACAAUGACUACACAAAUGUAGGAUGUAAAUCGUAAAAGAGAGGAAGAUUUUAAUAAUUAUAAAUAACUAAAGAAGGAAGGACGAUUAGAAGAAUUAGUAAAACCACUAAAACAAUAGAGAGAAAAAGAUAAAGCAACUCAAGCAAUUCUAUUUAAGGUAGAUCAUAUAAAAGAUUAUGAAGAUAAAACACAUACGGGAUAUAAAUAAUAGAAAUCAGCACACAGAACAUAUUAUGGUAUUAAAUAGAUAUGAUUAAUUUAUAGUUAUUGAUGAGACAAUGAAAUAAAUGAUUAAUGAGCCAAACAUUAAAAAUCAUUUAAUGAAAAAUGAUUUAAAUACAUUUUUCGAUUCUUAUCUUAAACAUAAAAAUACUUUAAGAGGUGCAGUCAAGCAACCAACUCGUGCAAAAUGA